UGGAACUCAUAUUAGAGUGAGAGUAUCUAUGGCUGAUAAACCAAAAUAUCGUACUCGAAAAGGUGAAAUAGCUACAAAUGUCUUAGGUGUAUGCUCCCAAGACAUGCAAUUCAUAUAUGUGUUACCUGGAUGGGAAGGCUCUGCAGCAGAUGGUAGAGUUUUACGUGAUGCCAUACGUAGAACAAAUGGUUUGUGUGUUCCAAAUGGUCAUUAUUACCUUGUAGAUGGUGGAUAUACUAAUUGUAAGGGAUUUCUUGCUUCAUAUCGAGGCCAACGCUAUCACCUCAACCAAUGGGAAGAUGGGAAUCCUCCCAGAAAUCCACAAGAUUUUUUUAAUAUGAAGCACUCAUCUGCUAGGAAUGUCAUUGAGAGAUGUUUUGGUGCAAUUAAGAAUCGAUGGGCAAUUCUUAGGAGUCCAUCAUUCUAUCCAAUAAAGACUCAAAACCGAAUCAUUUUAGCAUGUUGUUUGCUUCACAAUUUUAUUAGGAGAGAAAUGCCUAAUGAUAAUACUGAUAUGCAUCCAGAGAAUGAGAGUGGUAGUGGAGACGAAGAAGACAUCAUGGAUGUUGAUGGAUCCAUAAGAAGUAUUGAAGUUUCUGAAGGGUGGACAACAUUUAGAAAUCAUUUAGCACUUGAGAUGUAUAACGAAUGGAGAGAACAUAGGAGAGCAAGCUAG